GAAAAAACAUGUCUAAAAAUUUGGAGAUUAUCAAUUUGUCAUUUUUAUUGGAACAUGAAAAGGAAAUUAUAUUGGGAGUUCUGAAGAGAGAUGAGUACUUGAAAAAAAUUGAAGAUAAGCGAAUCAGGAAAUUAAAAAACGAAUUAUUGGAAGCAAAACGGAAAGGUGGACGGGGGCAUCGCCAGCUGGACAACAGCAGGGUCUGCGUUCGCUGUCAAAAAAAUCUGGGCUUAAUCUUUGACAGAGGGGACCUGUGCCAAACAUGCAGACUCAGAGUUUGCAACAAAUGUCGGGUUGUGGCAAUUGAUGGCAACUGGAAAUGCACUGUGUGUGCCAAGAUUGCGCAGCUUCGGAUAGUAACCGGUGAAUGGUUUUUUGAAGAGAGAGCAAAGCGCUUCAAACAGUCCAACCCCCUUGGUGCUGAUGUUGUCAGACAAUCCAUACGCAGAGACCCUGGUAAAAAUAAAAAUAGGAAAAGUGAAGGUAAACCCAAAGAUCAGUCACAGGCAAGCGCAGAGGAUACAUCAAAGCAAGACACACCAGCUUCCUUUUCAAGUGGGAUGAAAUCAGCCAUCGGCGGGCCCAAGAAAACUGGGAAGGACCUCAAAGCAGUAAACAAAGGAGACCUUGUAAGUCUGAAGGCAGAGGAUGGAAAAAGCAUCUGCUCGGAUGCAGAUAUCCAAAGUAUACUUAGCACUGACAGGGAGAGUGCGUAUUCACUGAACAUGGAGGACAUACCCAGCUGCCUCAAAGGGGCAGUGGGCGCUCCAAACCGAAGCAGUGCCUCCACCCCAGUCCGCCCCAGGUCACCAGCUCUGAGCACACUCAGCAUGACUCUAGACGGCAGCAGGGAUCUUGGAUUAGAAAAUGGUAUAGCUAACCCUGCAAGUGAAGAUUUAGCCAAAAGACAUCAUAGGGGAGCCUCUGAAACUCCCUCUGUAGCAGUGUCUAGGACUUCCCUGUCAUCUGAUCGCAGCAGAUCUGAGAGAGAUCUCAGUGGAUCCUGUUCAGAAAGCAAUGAGGAUACUUUAAGCUUAAGGAGUAAAUCUGUACCCGGAGCAUUAGAUCAGGAGCUGGAUUACCUAAAUGAGGCAGAAGAAGAUAUUGAUGACAUUGUGGCCUGUGGCUACUCAAAGGGACGGACACAUUUAGCCAGUGGAUUGUCAAUGAGUUCUCCUUCAAGUUCUGACAGGAAAUGGAGCUGCUUAAAUGUUCCAGAAGCAGAUGGUGAUACUACUAGUAUUAAUAGUAUGAUGAGUGUUUACAGCGAAACUGGGGACUAUGGAAAUGUGAGGGUCAGUGGCGAAAUAUGUCUCCAUAUCAGCUACAGCUACAGAACUGGAGCCCUUAACGUCCUAGUAAAAAAAUGCAGAAACUUGGCUGUAGCAGAUGAAAAGAAGCAAAGAACCGAUCCUUAUGUCAAAGCAUACCUCCUACCAGACAAAUCUCGCCAAAGUAAACGGAAGACAAAAAUCAAAAGCAAUAGCAUCAAUCCAGAGUUCAAUGAAAUCCUGAAGUAUGUCAUCAGCCAUACGCAGCUUGAGACUCGAACCCUACAGCUUUCUGUCUGGCAUUAUGACCGAUUUGGCCAUAACAGCUUUCUUGGAGAAGUGGAGAUACCUUUGGAUUCCUGGAACUUUGAGAACCAGGUGGAUGAGUGGUUUGUUCUUCAGCCCAAGAUGGAAGUUGCAGCUGAUCUUGGUCUUCACUAUAAAGGAGAGUUGAUAGUUGUCUUACGGUACAUUCCACCUGAGAGGAACCUGACGCUUCCCCUAGGAGAGAUUCAAGGAAAGAAAAGCUCUAAGAAAGGAAAGAAGGUAAACCCACAAGUGCCAUCAGGAGGCAUUUUAGAAGUGGUCAUUAAGGAAGCCAAGAAUUUAACAGCUGUGAAGUCAGGAGGCACUUCAGACACAUUUGUGAAAGGGUACCUGCUUCCAGACAACAAUAAAGCAUCAAAACAUAAAACUCCUGUGAUUAAAAAGAGUGUGAAUCCCCACUGGAAUCACACCUUUACUUUCAGUGGUUUGAAUCCCAGAGAUAUACACAAUGUCUGUGUAGAACUGACGGUCUGGGACAAAGAAUCCCUUGCCAGCAAUAUCUUUCUGGGAGGCGUUCGACUGAGCACUGGAAGUGGUUUAAGUAAUGGUAAAGAAGUUGACUGGAUGGAUUCUCAUGGAGAGGAGCAGCUUCUUUGGCAAAGGAUGAUUGACAGCCCCGGAGAUUUUGUGGAAGGUACACUGAUGCUGAGAGCCAGCAUGGGAAAACGAAGGCGCAAGAACGGCUCCCCCAUACAUUAG